AUGAAAAAUUGCUUUGGAAAUCUAUGCCGUAUGAACAAGAAGCAAAAACCCCAAAAACUGGUGGUUAUAAAAAGGCCCACGGAAAAGGGGAUUGAGUCUAGAUACGAGUUAGGGAAGAGACUAGAUAGAGGAGAUUUUGGACGUAGUACAUACUUUUGCAAAGACAGAAAUACGGGAGAGGAAGUUGCGUGCAAGUCGAUUUCCAAGAAUGAACUUAAAACAGCGCUUGAUAUUGAAGGGGUCAGAAGAGAGGUUGCUAUCUUGAGUCAUUUGCCUAAACACCCUAACAUCGUUACGUUGAAGGAUACGUUUGAAGACGAAGAUCACGUUCAUCUUGUUAUGGAACACUGUGAAGGUGGUAACCUUUUGGAUCGCAUCAAAGCUAGAGGACCUUUCACCGAUGGUAACCUUUUGGAUCGCAUCAAUGCUAGAGGACAUUUCACCGAACUCAGAGCUGCUUCUGUCAUUAAUACCAUCGUCCGAGUUGUUCAGAUUUGCCACAAACAUGGCGUGAUGCAUCGGAAUCUCAAACUCGAAAACAUUUUGUUUGCAAUCAAGUAUGAAACAGCGCCUUCAAAAGUUACUGACUUUAGUUCAUCAAUUUUCUUCAAACCAGGUGAAAGAUUUAAUGAGAUAGUUGGAAGUCCAUAUUACAUGGCCCCUGAAGUAUUAAAAAGAAAUUAUGGCCCUGAAGUUGAUAUCUGGAAUGCUGGAGCAAUUCUCUACAUCUUACUUUGUGGUGACGCUCCAUUUUGGGCAGAAAGUAAGCAGGGAUUUGCUCAAGCAAUAAUACAAUCUGUUAUUGACUUUGAAAGAUAUCCAUGGCCAAAGGUUUCUGAAAAAGCAAAAGACCUUGUUAUGAAGAUGCUUGAUCCUGAUCCUAAGAGGCGGCUUACUGCACAGGAAGUUUUAGAUCAUCCAUGGUUGCGCAAGCUUGUCAAGAAGAUAUCUAAUGAUACAAAAUGCCUUGUUCAGAAGAUGCUUGAUCCUACCCUCGAGAGGUCAGACUAUUGGUUGCGGCACAAUCAUUGGGAGAAACAAUCAUUGGGAGAAACAAUCAGAGCAAAGCUUAUUCAAUUUUCUGUAGUGAACAAGCUUACAAAAACAACAUCGACGAUAAUUGCAAAGCAAUUGUCUAUAGAAGUUGAUGCAAAAAGUGACAGGGAUUUUGUGAUUGAUACAGGAAAUAGAGGCAAAAUUAACUUGGAUGAAUUACGAAUAAGGUUGCAUACACUAGACCACGAAAUUCCUGAUGGAAAUGUGCAAAGACUUAUGGUAGCUUUUGAUGAAGACAAAGAUGGUUACCUAGAUUAUGGAGAGUUUUUAGCCAUUUGUAUUCAUCUAAGAAAAAUAUCCAAUGAAAAACACAUCAAUAAAGCAUUUGAAUAUCUUGAUAAAAAUCAAUCUGGGUAUAUUGAUCUUGAGGAGUUAUGUAAUGCUUUAGGUGACAAGGUUGACACAUACAGGGAGAAAGUCAUUAAUGAAAUUAUGCAUGAUAUGGACACAUAUAAGGAUGGAAUAAUAAUAAGUUAUGAAGAAGUAUGGAGCUGA